CCUUCCACGCAUGCACGAAAAUCAAAAUGGCGGAGAGUGAUGAUGAAGUCGGCCUUGUUGACGUGAAGAUGGAGGAUGGAGGAGGAGCUGGUGAAGACUUCACAUUCCAAGAUUUUACUAGAGGAGAUGACAUAAAUAAUCUUAACACUGUUGGUAAUAUUGGUGAAGAACCUGGAAGAACGAUCCCUGCUAAUUUGAAAACACAAUCACUGGAAGACUUCUCUGAUGAUGAUGAAGAAGAUAAAACAGAGCUUUUAGCUGGGCAGCGAAAACAACCACCUUUCUGGACAUUUGAAUAUUACCAAACCUUUUUUGAUGUGGACACAUACCAAGUCCUUAGGAGGAUUAUAGGAUCAAUGGUACCAGUCUACAAGAAAAACUACCUUGUGUCUUUUAUUCGUCCAAAUCCUGAUCUUUAUGGUCCCUUCUGGGUGUGUGCAACACUUGUAUUUACAACAGCAAUAUCUGGUAACCUGGCAAGCUAUCUGAUCAACAGUGGAGACCAUGAAUGGGUGUAUGAUUUCCACAAAGUCACUCUGGCUGCAGCAGCCAUAUACACAUAUGCCUUCCUGGUACCAACAGCUCUUUGGGGAGUUCUUCUUUGGAGAAGAAGCAAUGCAGGAUAUUCCUUUCUAGAAAUACUCUGUGUUUAUGGUUAUUCCUUGUCCAUCUAUGUCCCAAUAUCAGUGUUAUGGGUUGUCCCAUUGGAAUGGUUAAGAUGGCUUCUUGUUAUGAUAGCAAUGAUUCUCUCAGGUGCUGUGCUAUUGUUAACAUUUUGGCCGGCGGUUGAAGAUGAUGACAAAAAGGUAGCUGGGAUUCUUCUUGCAGUCAUAUUUCUCCUUCAUGGCCUUUUGGCUGUUGGAUUUAAGUUGUAUUUCUUCCAUGCUCCACCUGAACCAGCCCCACAGGUGACACCAACACAAGCAAACAGAACAACGACAUGAGAGGAGAAGGAAAGGUAAAGAGUAUUUGAAUGCAGAGAUGUUGAAUAGAAGAAAUUUACUAGCUAGAAACUCAUCACCCAGAUUGUUACUGAAUUCUUGGUUGCCUAGCAGCAGUGAAUGUAUUCUUCAUUCAUGGAUUUUAGAGCUUUAAAAGUUCAUAAGUCAUGGUUGUAAAAAUGUGAUAUUAUUUAUGAGGUUUGUUAAAAAUUAUACUAAAACAAGCAAUGGCUGCUUAUUGCAGUUCACAGCUUGCUUAUAGCAGAAUUGUUGGGUGUCUAAAGGCUGUUGUUCAAGAGGGUAAGAUACCCAGCCAUUUAAGUCUUUAUGAGACAAAUUUUUAUAACCUGGCCAAAAAAAAAAAAGGCUUAGCUAUUGUUUCUAACUGUUUAUGUAAAAAAAUCUUCUGUUGCUCUUUCAGUCCCGUUAGUCUAAGGGCCACCCUAAACUUUAAGGGUGAUUUAGUCUGUGCUCCCUAGAAAACUUGUUCUUCAUUUAGUAAUAUCCUUUUUUUAUGGAAUAAUUCUAUUGAGCUGUGAAUGUAUUAAAAUUUUAUAUAUACUGUUGAACUACUCAAGGUUAAUGUACCCUUUACAAUGUUCUUUUAGGUGGGAGUUGUUUAAAAAUUGGUGGUACAAUGAGGAGAAAUAAAUAUGAAAACCCAAAAGCUGGAGUCAUUAUUGCUCUUGGAGGGAUUAGUUCCUCAGCCAUUGCUGGCUAAAAAGCUUUCUUGUAAGUAAGACCAGAACAAGGGAAAGAUGAGAGAAAGAAGAAGCAAAGGAAUAGAAGACUUUGUGUAGCUUUCUUUUUCUCCAUUUUAAUCUUGAUACUACAGUGAAUUCUUCAACCUAUGCUGGUUGAGACAACUGUUCAACAGGCAAAUGAGCAAACUUCCUUCAUAUGAUAAUAAAUGCACAUGAUUCAUCAAA